AUGAAGAGCGCUUUUAUCACUGCGAUCGCCUUGUGCGCGUCGUGGGCAUACGCUCAGACAGAAACCAUCACCAAUGCAGCUGGCAAUACCGUCGUGGAAGUUGUUACACUAAACCCUGCUGGUCUUCCUACGACACAGAUUUUACAAACGAUCAUUGGCACCGCUCUCACCACCGCUCUCACCACGAAUACCCUUUCAACAACCAGUACAACCUCUACUACUACCACAAAUCCGAUACUCCAAACUAUAGCAACUACUUCGACUACAAAAGGGCAGCAGGGCCCCGUAGAACAACCCGCGUCAACAACAGUACUAGUACCAGGAGGACCUACCCCGUACACUUAUACUACCACCAAUGCCGCUGGCUCCACCGUCGCCGUAUUAGCCACAUUUACGCCUACAGGGCCUGCCACUGUGUUGCCAGCCACCACAACUACCGGCGUAAUCGUCAACUACUCAUCGUAUAUAGCCUCGGUCGGGACGAGUGCAGCACCAACGUCUGGUGCGAGCCGCCAGUUCUUGCUCUCUAGCGGUUGUCCACUUGACGUCGUUGUUCUCGUGUCUUUGUGGACAAAUUGUGGAUCCUUCAAAAGCCUCGGUUCUAAGGCUCUGCAGCAGCGAUUGCCACUUGUCCUCAUGUCCACUCAGUCGCAGUCGCAGUCGCAGCAGCAGCAACCACAUGUCCAAGCUCAGCUCGAUGCAGGCCAGGAAGUGCUCGCCGUCGCCUGUGUCGUCGAUGCAUCCCUAUCGCUCGCUACAGAAUGGACUCGCGUAGUCACAGGGUACAUCUUACCGAUUCUCAAGCGUCUGAACGAGGUAUACAAUGGUCAUCAAUUCCGGUUAGCUUUAGUGACAUAUGGCGCACCGGAUACGCGCCCAAAUCCGCUGUUGUCGAAGCGUUUCUUUUUCCCGCCGACGUCUGUGAUGAAGGAAUUGCGCGAGGAUCCAAGCAAGUUAGGAAUUGGCUCCGCUAUCGGUGUACGGGGGUUAUCUGCACUGGAGGGGAUGGUUGCUGCUAUCGAGUUCUUUGACAUUUUGCACAACUCGCUCGCCGCGGCUGGUCCGAAGGAUACUCGAAUACCCGUCUCGCAUAUACUACAUAUCGCUGCAAGUCCACCCGAUUCUACACGAAGACCCCUCUGGAAUACCCUCCCGCAUCUUGAUUCAGUAUCAUGGGAUACACUACCACUAGAACUCAAGAAGAGGAAAAUAAAUCUGAGUCUUAUAACACUACGGCAAAUACAACAAUUCCAAGAUGUCCAGUCUGCCACCUCAGCACCAGCCCCACAAACCGCUCCGUGGUUUACUGUCCACACGCCGCAUAUACUAAGGUUGUCUGGAUUUCCUCCUCAGGCACAUGUUCAGACUCCAAAACUCAGUGAGCUCCCGCGCACAACCUCCCUUCCUCUCCCGCGCUCACCCAUUCCAGACGCUGCAAGGCGUCCAAAUGAGUCCCCCCAAACCCCAGAUACCAAACGACAAAAACUCAGCGAGAAAAGCUCACCGGCACUUAGCCCGCGUCUCCCGGGAGGAGGCGCUGGUCCAGUAGGCCAGAGACCACCUUCUACGCAGGUUCCCGCACCUUCUAUCCAACACUCUGCACAACCUUCUCAAACACAUUCGCAAAUGCUCCUGCCUUCGCCUAUACCACCGCACGCAACCAUCACAUCCACACCUAGCCCUGCAAAACCCCCAGCGGCACCCGCCACACAUCCACCUACAAAUGCUCCGAACCCCAAUGCUCCCCCCACGCAAUACUCAUUCCCCCCAAAUAUCAGCAUAUUUAUAGAUCGUCUCAAAGGUAUUGAAGUUGACAUGAAAACUCUCGACGCGAAAUUACAGGAGGCACAAUCCGCCGGGAAUACUGCAGAUGUCGAGUUGCUUCAAAAGGAGCGCGUUAUGAUGUAUAACACUGCGAUAAAGUUAAAGACUGUUGUCAUGCAGCACGCGACAAAAGCGAGCAGAGCUGCGAUGAAUGGUUCGAAUUCUGGUGCAGGGGGGUCUGGAGAAAUGUCUCAGCCUCCACCUCCACCUCAGCCCCAGCCUCAGCCUCAGCCGGCGGCGAACAACAGCAUGUCGGAAGAUGCAGCACCGCUAACGGUGCCUGCCCCCAUAUCUACCCCUGCGGAGGAGCAGAAGCCACUGCUUACAGAUCAGCAGGCGCUUAUGCACUUCAUGCAGACGCGUUCGGGACCAGGAGGAUUCCCAAGUCCAGAGGUCGCCGCGCAAAUGCAAAAGCUAAUCAACAAGACUGGCAUUCAGCCACCGACCUUCAGUGGCUCACCUAAACCCCGACCAGCUCUUCCCCCUGCAUCCGGAUCUACCACUCAGCUCCAGCCGCAGCCGCAGGCCUCGACCUCCACAAGCUCAGGAGGGUCAAAGCAAUGGGAAGGUUCUAUCACCUUCACUGCGCUUCAUGCUGGACAGCCGAAGGGGCUCGAAACGCAAGUAGCCGUUACGCAGUCCACGGGUGACCUGCACACGGACACAUGGCCUGACAAAUUAUUCAUCAGCGUCUCGAAAGAAGCACUGAAGGACCACACAGAAUUACAAGCAUGGCUUCGGAAACAUCAGCACUCUGUCGCGAUGGUCCAGUUCAAGCCCCAAGCGCGGAGCAUGGAUCAGAACAUGAAUGCCAUGGUUCACGGUGUGUUGUUGAAGAUGAUGGCGGAAAGGCGAACAUUUGCCGUAGCGGCGUGGCAACUUCCAGGGAACUCUGGGAACACGAAUAAUAUGAUCGUGUUUCCGAUGGGUAAUGUGCUAGCAGGCGCAGUAUUCCCACUCACUGGACUGCCGGAUCUACCAACUUCUGGCAAAGUCGACGUCCUAAAACCGCAACUGCAGCCGCAAUCGCAACCACAACCACAACUACAACCACAGCCAGGCACUUUCAGUCAUAACCAACUUCAGGGACUUGAUCAUAAGGUACAAACGCAGCUCCAGGGACUUGAUCCGCAGCAGCAAAUACGCUUCUUGCAACAAUUUGCGCGGCAGCAGCAGAUGCGGCAACGGCAGCAGCAACAACAGACGGGAGCGCCACAGCAGGAGGCACCAGCACCAGCGCCUGGGCCUGGGCCUGGUGUGGGAAUGCAGAAUAUGAGCCCGUUUUCUUCGAACGCAGCGAAUCAGCCGAUGAAUAUGUUUGGCGGCGGCGGGGUCCAUCAGAGGCAAUUCAAUGGGGGCAUGCAUCCUGGCGGGACGGUGAAUUUUGAGAUGAUGCAAUCGUUCAUCCAAAGAAGUGCAGACGGAUCCAAUCGACAGGGGAUGAAUCCCUCGUGA